AUGCAGAAUGAUGGUCAAGAGGCAGUCGAAAUGAUUGGUGAUGCACCCGAAUGGACGUCAAGUGUGGACAAUCAGCAGCAGCAGAGUCAAGAAGACACUGGAGUAUCAAAGUACAUGGAUGAUGGUCUACCACCAAUACUCUUAGUAAAGGCGAUGCCACGAGUUGCAACAGCUCAGGAAAGAAUGUUGGUCCCAGUGCUGAAUGAUGGUCACAGGGAGCAGACCGGACAAAGGCAGCAACAACGGUCGAUAGAGAAAGCAAGUACUAAGCUGGCAAAGGUCAAAAUGACAAAGAAAGUGGCUGCACAUGAGACUUCAAGACGGAAAUGGAAGACGAACGUAGCAAGAAACGAGUCCAGUGGCAUUUCACAGACGUCAGCAACAAUGUUGUUCCAGUGUUCAUGUCAAUUAUUACGGAAUCAGACGCUGGACUAUGACGUGCGUGCUCGUGAGAUGGAGGAACGCAAUGCGGCGCAGACAAGAGAGAUUGACGAAUGGGAGAAGAGAAUUCGCAGUCUUAAGCGUGAAUUGGAAGAGUACGCGGACGAACAGGUAGACGAGGCUACAGACAUGGCUCUUGUUGAAGAUACUCAUGGAUCUCACGAGCAGAUGGCAAAAGCGUUGCCAUCUUCCACUGCAGUGUUUGGUACAAUUGAGACGACGGCAUUGCCACCAGCUGUUAUUGCUGCAGAGAUCAAGGUACAGGACGAACUACGUAAUCGCAGACAAAAGGUCAAGGAGUUUUGUAGAAACAUACCGGGCUUUAUUCAGUCGCAAGAGAGUGGACAUUAUUUCUAA